CGUGAGUUAAUUGUCAACAACGGUAGCGGUGGCAACCCACCCAUCAAAAUAAAGAAGUUUAAAGGUAUUACUACUGUAAGACAGCAAUAUUUGCAUAUAUAAAUUCCCAAGAGAAUGGCCAGGAAAUCCGUCUUCCUAGAUGUGGAUUCAUCGCUUCGCGAACGUAACUAUCUGUUAGCGAAAGAUCCAGCCGAAGAUGAGAUGGAAAAGUUCUUCAGCCAAGCGGCGGCGGACCGUCAGAUACAGCAGCCGAAGUUGGUGAAGCCGUCGCCAGGAAUGUGCUUGAAAACGAAGGAUGUGAAGACGGGGAAGAAGAUGUUUAUGAAUAUCUGCGUGACCGAGGAGAUCCCCGCGCCGAAGGAUAUCUCUGAAACGGAACUGGAGAGGAUCGUGUCUUCGGAGGAGAUGUCCGACUUCCGGGUGCCAAUGAGCAUCGGCGAGAUACACGUGGAGCAGGAUAAUAAAGGCUCCAAGGUGGACGUCUGCGAUAUCGCUGUUAAUACGAAGUUCUUUAAAAAGAUCCAGACGAUGCGGAGCUUCAAAGAGAUCUUCCUUGCGAUCGUGUUGGAGGGAGUUCAAGAGAAGUACUCUUUGACUUUGGAUAACGAGAUGAUCAUAUUGAAGAACAAGAAGUCUAUGGGAACGCUGCAGGUGCACAGGCUUAGGCCCAUGGAGAUGAAAGAGAAGAUGGGGGAGAAGACGCAGACUCAGAAUAAGCUGCCUUCGUUAACGAAUAUACUACCUCAAGAGCAAAACAAGAGGAAACUGAUUGAAGCCAUAUCUUCUCCUGAUCGCCAAGAACCCAAAUACAGGUUGCUGCAAAAGAAGGACAACCAAUUCGUGCUAUACGCCGAAAUUUAUCUACCGUACAUAAUUUCCCACGAAGAAAUUUCACUUUCAAUCGGAGAGGACAGACUCAUAUUGGAUUCCAACUAUUAUUUCCUGGACAUUUUCAUGGACAACGUCGAUCGCGAUCGUUGCAUUUCAAUCUUCAACAAAAUCAACAAAUUUUUAACCAUCACAAUGGUGCACAAAGAUGCCCCGAAAGUAGCAAAAACCGAACAGAUUGAAAAUGCGAAAUCACAACCAGAAUAUCGCUUGUAUAGGAAACCGGAAGAUUCAACGCAUCUCUAUUUAGCAGUUUCACUACCUAAAAUCAAAUCAGCAAACGAUAUAAACUUGGAAUUGGGAAUGGACGAGGUAAGGAUGGAAACGCCAAAUUACUUCUUGAAUCUGUUCGUGGAUUUCGAGAUCGAUGCGGAUAGAUCCACGAAUAACUUCGACGAUUCCCAAAAGUUAUUAACAGUAACAAUGACACAUCUAAAAGCUCAAAAAUCGCCGUGAAUGUUUCCUUUUUUCUUAAAUAUUUUUUUUAAGGCAUCUAGUAUAUAUAAUUAUUAAUAUAUAAAUAACGUUUUGAUUGUCUUAAUCAAAACCUUAAAAUA